CGGCGAGAAGAGCGGAAUCGUCAGUUGCCGCAGAGCUCCCGCUUGUAGAGAGUGAUCCCUUGUCAUCGAUCUAGUGCUACGCGAUCUUGUGCAAAGCUACAUAGCAUAUUCUACAUAUUUCUGGUAGUGUGACAUUACAAUCUCGUUUAACCGCCAUGGCGCCACAAGCCCCAGAUUCAGCUGUGAAAGAUGAUUUGCUUGACGAUCUCACUCCCCAAGAGCAAGCAGAGCUUGUGGAAAGAGAGUUGAAAAUUAACCUACGGGGUAUCAUCUCCAACCUGCGUAAUCUGGACUGGUCGAAAGUUGUAUGGAGAAACCUCAUAAUGUUUGCCCUGCUACACAUAUAUUCUGUUUAUGGGCUUUAUUUGGCCCUUUUCCAUGCAAAGUGGAGAACCAUUUUCUUCAGUGUGGUUUUGUAUUUCAUGGCCGCCCUUGGCAUUACUAUGGGAGCCCACCGCCUUUGGUCACACCGUUCAUUCAAGGCGCGCACACCCCUUCGCGUUGUUUUAGCCCUCUUUCAGACCAUUGCCUUCCAGAAUGACAUCUACGAGUGGGCCCGAGACCACAGAGUUCAUCAUAAGUACAGCGAAACAGACGCUGACCCCCACAACGCACGUCGAGGAUUCUUCUUCUCGCAUAUGGGAUGGCUCAUGUACCGUAAACACCCAGACGUCAUUGCCAAGGGCAAAGGCCUCGACCUCUCCGAUUUAGAAAACGAUCCCGUCGUCAUGCUGCAACGAAAAUACUACCUGCCUGCUGUCGUCACUGCUUGCUUUGUGCUGCCAACUGCCAUCCCCUGCAUUUACUGGGGUGAGCAUGUUGUGACCGCUCUCAUGGUCGCCGGUUUCCUGAGGUAUACGAUAGUCUUGCACAUCACCUGGUUUGUGAAUUCCUUGGCUCACUGGGUUGGUAACAAACCCUACGACAAAAGCAUUUACCCUUCACAAAACUCAGUUGUGGCCUAUCUCGCCCUGGGCGAGGGAUGGCAUAAUUACCAUCACGUCUUUCCCUGGGAUUAUCGCACCGCCGAAUUAGGUGGUCUCGUGAACUACAACAUCACCUGCCUCGUCAUCGACUUCUGCGCAAAAAUUGGACAAGCUUACGACCUCAGGACUGUCACACCUGAGAUGAUUGGACGACGAGUCACUCGGACUGGCGACGGAACUUACGCUUCCAUGACACAAAAAGCGAAGUGAGAGAGAGGACCCACAUGCCUACCUUCCAUUUAUGUUUCAUUCUCUCACCUGAAAUCCAUGAACGAUUAUUACUCACCCUUGCCAAUGCACAUCACUGAACAAUAAGCGCACACAGGCCUGGCUCUUUGGUUACAGCUUCCAAUCCCUCGUCCCAUUUAUAUACAAAGAAAAGAUAAUCACCAACUUCUACCAAUUUUAGAAUUCUUUACAAAUACGCCAACCUGAGUGGCAUGAUAUUGGCUAAGGAUUUGGGCUGUAACAAAGCAGUGAAAUUUGUGUUUAGAACUUGAUUUGUCGUUAUUAAUAAGUUCAUGUACUUCUUACACAUAUAUAUCUUGUGUGCCUAUAUAUUUACCUUGUUAGAUAUUUCUAAUAGUUUUCACAACGAAAAGGCCCAAAAGGGAACGCCUUCAGCUACCCAGUUGUUCCUCUUGAUUUUUACUGUACGGGAUAUAUGUAUGCAACGUAUACACAGAAUACGCGGUUGCAUAUUUCCCAUAAAUCUGUUCUUUGUUUAAAAUACUAGAAAUUUACAGGUCUUUUAAUUUUGUAUGACUCUAAGUGUAUUGAAUUAAUGUGGACUUCUAAACUUUUUUCCUCACAUAUAUUCAGUGUAUCGGAAAUUACCAGGUGCCCACAAACAGUUAUAUAUCUCAUUGAUUCACUAAUAAACGUAAGAGAAAUUGUCUGGCAUAAAGCGGAAUUGGUUCUUCGUAUUUCACAAACUUUAUUGAAGUAUAGAAGACUGGCCGGAAGUGAAGUGUGUGAAGGGUUAGUUGAACCUUUAGUAUCAGCACUGCGCAUCCCGCUUCGGUUGCCAAUUUGAGAUUUAUGGAAUGCUUCGUGCGCUCGUGUAAACAAAUAGCAGGUGGAUGGGUUUGGGGCAGGUUUUCUCACAAAUGAACGCGCUCUCUAUUACUUUCACUCUUGUCUCAUUUCUUGAAGAGAUUAAACCACAGUAAAAGAAAAAAAAAAAAUAGAAACGCACGGAGACACUUUCUCUCACUCUCUCCUUACGCUUACAUGGCUUAGAUUUAAAUUUUGUUUUUCCUAGUGACAAGUUUCGUUUUCAUCAUUGAUCAGCAUAAAGAGAAUGUGAAAUUAUUGAUAAUAUCCCUGAUAUUGAUCGACUCAGUGCCAGGCACGCCGUUUUCCCAUGUUUCUCGUUAAGCCUCAUAGAACAAAUCCAGAGAACCUCCACAACAGAAAAAAAAAAAAAAUGACGUUUAAUUUCUGUUAUUGCGGUUAUUCUUAGGAAGUAUGAAUAUUCAUGAACACGAUGUACCCUCGAGUAAUUAAUUCUAAGGAGUUGAACGGCAGGUAAAAAUGUUAAGGAAAGGUAGAAGAUAUUCCUUGUUUGGGAAGAACGAGCUUUUUCCUAAAGGUUUUCUCUGCUCUUAAUACUUGCCACCUUAGGGGCCAAAUUAGGUUUUUAAUUAAUGUUCCGACUUUUGGGGAAAAAACCUUUUUCUAUUUUGUGCCAGAAAUUUCAAUUCACCUGUAUAUUAUACAACACAUGAACAAACUUAUGGUUAUCUUUUCGGCCAUACGAACUCGUGGGCACACGUUUAUGUUUGCUUUUUUAAUUGUUGAAUUUUGGUUUAUAUCUUAUUUUAGAGGCCGUGACAGUAUUUAAUCAAUUCAAGUAUAAAGCUGUAUGUCUUAUCCUCCAUGUUAUAAAAAACACACACAAUAUAUAUAUAUAUAUAAUAAUAUAUAUAUAUAUAUAUAUAUAUAUAUAUAUAUAUAUAUAUAUAUAUAUCAAACAUAAGUAUAUAGUGUGUGAUUUAAGAUAGUAUAUGUAAAUGGUGGGUGCAAAUGCUUUUUAAAGCACUUUCAAAUUACUGAGGGAGUUUAUUUUAUUGAUGUAUUUUACAUGUAUAGUCUAGCUUGAAAUUGUAAUUUUGCAACUGGUAUUAAUGAACUAAUAUAUAUAUAUAUAUAUACAUAUAUAUAUAUCUAUAUAUAUAUAUAUUAUAUAUAUAGAUUGGUUAAACGUAGGUGUUACGUCAUUUAUGCACAUUAGAUGGCACUCAGUUGGAUCUAUACAUACUGCUGGGCACUAGAAUAUACUUAGAAAUUUGUGCACUAUUUACAUGAUGUUUUGUAGAAGUUAUAUCGUGAAGAAAUUGUAGCUGGAUAACAUGUAACUGAUUAGGAAUGUUCCCGAUUCCAUCAGUACCAGGCUACUUCAGCUGUUGGUUUCUAUAAUAGGAAAUAUGGAGGAGGCAUUUGUGAAUUUGACGGAGUUAAUUAAAGGAUUAGUAUUUAAUUGUUAUGGUUAUGAAAUUGGCUUCACGUCCCAUAUCCUUGUGGACAAGUGAAUUGAUCCUGUAGAGGCAGAAAAUUGUGUAAAACACGUAGCUUUCUUGUCUCGCUUUCUUUCCUCUACGAUAAAUGCACCUAACCGUGGACGGAAUGCCACCAUAAUUGCUCUGAAUGUUGAGCAAUCAGAUCCUCUUAGAAAAGACCUGAACAGGCAGAUGUGAUUAUGUUUAUAUACUGCUUGGAGUUUCCAACGUUACACGGCCAUUGUUUGGCGUGUUUGUCAACGUAUGCAAGUGGUAGCUAGUCUGUAUUGUUUAUGAAAAUUGAAAUUUUCUUUGCUACCUACACCAAAACCAAACUUGGUUUGGGGUUUAAUUUGCUGAUUGUUUUGAUUUCCAUAGGACUGAAUUUGUAUUUUAACGUGACUUUCAAUAUUGUUGACUACCUUGUAAAAUCAGCUAAUUUUAUCAGAGCUUGUUCAGUUAUAGAAUUAAGUUGACGUUUUGAAAGAAAAUAUUAUUUAUCAAAGUAACGUUGAAAGAUAUUUUCAGCACAACAUUGUUGUUAUUUUACCACUGAAGUGAUUUUGUUAUGAAAGAAAAUAAAAUGAACUACAUAGUUUUGACAUAUUUUUUUACAGCUUUUAUAUGUGAAAAGAAAACUUUAGAAACGUGAAAAAUUAUAGUUGAAAAAGUCAGUUUAUUGCAGUCAGCCGCUAAAACAUUCCAUAUUUUGAGGUUAUUGUACACCAGCAUUAUCUGUAAUCCCUGUCAACCUGAGCAAGUUAUUCCUUGAGAAGGACUUUUCUCAUCAGAGUUACUCUGUGUGACCAUUCCUUGAUUCGGUGGCUUGAGCUUUGGCUACUUCCCAAGCACAUAUGUAUAGAAAAGACACCUUGACUUAAUGUAAAUCUAAUCUUGUGAAAAAUAUAGUCCUUUUUCACAGUAAGUGAAAGUGAAUGUGUCAUGCUGAUUUAUUAAGUAGGAAAACCAAAGUCUUGCAAUGAACUUAGUCCAAUUUGCCGGUAACUCUUUAAAGCCCCUACCCCCCAUUUAUGCAGUGUACAUCAUUUUCACCUGAGAGUAGCUUUAUUUCUUUGUCAAAUAUAAGAUGACUUGUUGAGAACUAUUUGCAUGCUUAUCAGUCAGUAUAUAGUUCGUACCUUGACGGUUUUGAUUUGUUGAAUGACUUCUCCGGACCUCUCAUUUAUCAGGUUAAUGCUUGGUUUCGUAUGUUAGCCUAUAUUAAUCUUCUUGUACUUUGUCGAUAUAUAUAUGUCAUCAUAAUGCACUGCGAUGUCCUUGAUCAUUGUUAAGGCGGCCGCAUUUUUAAACCAGCGAAAGUGUUGGUAGACCACGGUAUAAGUUGAAAGACAAUAAUUGAGGUUACACAAGCAAGGUCAUCUGUGUAUCCAGAAAUGUCAAUUUUCUUUGGAAUCCAUCUGAUGUGUUUGAAAAUACGGCCUUACCUGCGUGCAGUAUAUUUUGACGGUGGUCACCUGUAUUUAAUCCCCAUCACCACCUGGUUUGGAUAUCUAGUGUAGUUAGUUUACCUCACGAAUACAAUUCUUGUCGUAGUCUAGAUUGGAAUUUGUCGUCUGCUUCGUCCUCAUCUUCUCUAUCAUCUUCACUCGAGACUUGACCCCGUGUCAUUUCUAAAAGGUCAGAUUUGUUCGAGAACCGCUCAGUCAUGAGCGCAGUGAUAUGGUUUUGUAGCCAUGUGGAUUGGAGAAGAUGAAUUGGAUCAGAUCAAAAUGUUUUUGUUUGUGUUUUUAUGUUUGUCUGACUAUUUGGUUGUGAGUUGAAUGUGAAAAAGAUGUUGAAAUUAGCUUUAUUCUAGUAAAAGACACGGGGCGUUAUGUUAAGUAAGUGCGCCUUUUUUUCCAUUUAUUUUUUGUUCUGUAUAAAUAACCUUCUGUGAUAUGUGCCACAAUGCAACUGCCUCAUGAGGGGCUAUUACUGUGCCUGUCAAAUUCUCUCUCUCUCUCUCUCUCUCUCUCUCUCUCUCUCUCUCUCUCUCUCUCUCUCUCUCUCUCUCUCUCUCUCUCUCUCUCUCU